UACGAUCACUUGCGCCAAUCGUCAGGGCUAGAACAGAAGCAAAGUUUUCAUUUGUCGUGUUUCAAUGAAAGUGCGUCUAAAACAAAUUCUUUUGCGUACGAACUAAAUUCUCUUCUUCUCUGUAGAAGAGAAACACACAAAAAGUGUCCGAAUUAAUUUAAAUGUUUAGCUUGAUAAAAAUUUAAUCAAAUCUAAUAAUUUAAUUAUAAUAAAGUGUGAGAAAAAAAAUAAAACAUUAUUUAAUUUCCAACGGAAAAAGUCAGAUGGAAAAAUUAGUACUUAAUUUUAUUGUUUAUUUAUAGCACCGAAUUAGUAUCUUAGUCUGUUGAGAUACACAUUCAAACAGUGAUAGAAAAGUAUCUUGAGCAAUUUUUAUUUGCACUGUGUCGUCACCGAAAUUGGCGCUUUUCUUUAUACACACAGAACUAAAAUAAUAAUAAUAAUAUUGUUUUGAAUGUAUUUACCUGUGUCCGUCCCGGCCAUUCUGAUUCCGAUUCUGAUGAAUAACUAUGCGUGAUAAUAAUAAUUAAAGUUUUAUUGUUUUGUUGAGUUUACGCAUUGAUCGUGUUCCAAAAGCAAUUCAAAGAUCGUUCUAUUAUUCUAAGAUUGCAUAAUUUGAAAAACGUUCAAGGAAGAACGGCUAUAAAAUGUCAAUGUCAGCGCUAGGGGUAAGCACUGGCUUCAUGGUCGGUUGCUGUGUUCUAGCACAAAUCGCACGCAAAGUAGCUGGUCGAUUGUUGAAGGAGGGCCUUGUACCGGUCCUGGUUAAUGAAGCUAUCGCAGCUGCUGAAUUGUGUGCUUGUUGUUUCGAAUUGAUCAUAAUUGCUGAUAAUUUUGGAGUAGCAGCAUAUGCAGUCUUUCUAUUUAUCCUUACCGUUUGGUGGGGUAAGGUUUGGGGUGAUGCUUCGGCAUGUCCUUACACUCAUAUGGAGGACUUGCUCGAAGGGAAGAUUUCAUUGCGUGAAGUAGCACUGCGAACUUGGGCCGAACUGAUGGGAGGAUGUUGUGUUUACAGAAUUGUUCAGGUUUUUUGGUGGUUUGAAUUUGCCGAAACCCAUAAAGGAAGGGCUUUUGAAGAGUGUUCAGCUGAUUUACAGGUACAUCCUUAUGUUGGCGCAGUAAUUGAAGGAAUUGCAACCCUCCUAUGUCGUCUUGCAUCAAAAUCUCUAACUGAAACUGGACCACGCUUUAGUAGUAUUAUUGAUUCUUUUAUUGGCACAAGUCUAGUUGUAGCGGCAUUCAACUUUUCGGGUGGUUAUUUCAAUCCUGUUCUGGCAACUGCUUUGAAAUGGGGAUGUAAUGGUCAUACAAAUUUGGAACAUAUUAUUGUUUAUUGGAUUGGAGCUUGUGUUGGUGCUGUACUUUCGGUCCCGCUAUUUCGUGUACCAAUUAUUCGACAAUAUUUAAUAAGAGAAGAUCUUGUUAAGAAAGAGAAUUAAAUCAAGGAAGAAGACUCUUUAUUGGAAUUCAAAUGCUCUCUUUUAAUGUUUCUCUAUUUAUUCGUCCUACGUGUAUGAAAAGUUUGUUUUAUUUUGUCUCUAUCCACAUUGGAGUGUUUUAUUUUAUAAUUAUUUUUAUGUUAAAUGUUGUUUUAUGUUUUAAUAAAAUUAUUUUAAUUUUGUGAUGUCUCA